UCGGUAACAAAAUGGAGCUGUUAUCUUUUCAAACCGGAAAAUACUAUUCCUCCUGUUUUUCUGUAUUCAAACAGAACAUAGUUGGAGACUACAGUGUCGUAUUGCUCAAUCUUCCAACUAUUAUACGAUCAAUGCUUGAAGAUGCAAAGGAGUUGAGCCAAUUCAACAUCUUAAGCAUUGGCAGUGGAGAUGGCACAGAAGACAUCAAAGUGGCAAAGAUAGUCGAAGAAGAGUUGCAAAGAAUUGAGGAAUAUCGUGAUGUAAAGAUAUUUCUGAGAGGUAUUGAGCCAAAUGAAUAUUUCAAAAGUCUCUAUGACAAAGCCAUUGAAGAGCUGACGGGUUCUUUGAAGACGAGAAGUGUCUUCGACUUUCGAGGGAAUACAUUUGAAGAGUACAUGGAUCAAAACGACGACUUACGAUUUGACCUAGUGGUUUUUACCCACAGUAUGUACUACCUAGAUGAAGAGAAAUCUCUAAAGUACUGCUUUGAUAGAGUUCUGAGAGAAGACGGAAAAAUAGCCGUAACCGUAGAGGAAAGAGGUCCAUUGAGCUCCGUGAAUUUUGAUGUAGAUGAAUGUGACAUUGCGAAGUUGCAGUGUUACGAAAAGGUCACCAAAGCAGUGGAGAAGAAUAAAUGGAGUUCUUCAGUUUUCAUUGAUGCCUACAAAAUUGAUGUCACCGAAAUAUUUGAUGAGAAAUCACAAGAUGGAAACCUUUUGCUGGACUUUCUGAUGCAGAAAGUCGACUUCCGAGGAAAGGCUAAGAAAAAACACGUAAAUCAUGUUAUGGAAGUAUUAGAAGAAAAUACGUUGUUGAAAAAUGAGAAGCGGGUUGCAGUCGUGUUUGAUAGCAUGAUUGUUAUUUCAAAAACCAACUGAAACACGUCGACAGCUACCUAGAAACAAGAUUUAAAAGAUUGAGUAAUUUUGAUAACUAUUUGAUUGAAACUAUGCAAGAGCUAACAUAUUGUGCGCGAUACUGUACCGUGACUCGCCAUAAAUUUCAGGCUGUUGAUUGAUUGUAUGUAAUAGCGCACAUCUGUGAGAUUUAAAAUACCUUUCGCCUGACGAAUACCGAUUACGAUUAUUUUUUUAAGAAGAAUAAAGGAAACAUAACUGGU